UUUUAAGUCGGAUAAUGUAUGUUAUUUACAGUACAAAAAUUAAAACACCAUCUAUAGGCCACUUUUUCAACUUGAACCAAAUAUAUCUGCAGUUAAUUACGUAAUACGUAUCUAGUUUAAAUCUUUAUAUAGAGUAGACACUAAGAAAAAAAUUCGAUUAACAAUACUUUUUGCUUACAAAGUUACAUGUGAAAUGUGCAUUUUACAUAAGGUUCAAUUUAUUUAAAAACUGGUGAAUUGGUAGGAUGCAUUAUUUAACAAAACAAUCAUUUCUAUUUCCUAAGAAUGAUUUUAAAAUUAACAAUAAUUGUGCCGUAUAUUAUGAACUUUUUUUUUAUUUGAAAAGUAAGCCAUCGUCUUUUAUCCUGAAAUUUUUGACUGAUUGGGAAAUAUCUAAGGAGAAACCAAUGCAAAAUUGAUUGAGGCAGUGGAUAGACCAUGGACAUAAUGCAUUUUAUAUUUUUAUGUAUAUUGAAGUCGAAAGCCAAACUACAGAAUGUAUGGAAGUUACCACGACUAGAAAUAAGCAACAGUAAUAAGUAAACCACCGAACAAAACGACUUUUCAAAUGUACACAACAUGUCAACAUGAUUCCUAUAGUCAUUACAAAAUGUAUUUUUAAUACUUCAUUUUAAUUUUGAAGUCGUUGACUCAGCGAGUCUUCUCAAUCGACCGGUUCAUCUGGACAAGGCAAUCGAAAUGAUCGGUUUUGGAUAUUUUCAUUAUUAUAUACUAUUCAUUUGUGGAUCGCUUUACGUAUCAGUUGCCUUUAGUGUGACAUCAAUAUCAUUUAUUAUACCAUCAGCUCAAUGUGAUUUUCGUAUGACUUCUUUUCAUAAAGGCCUUCUAAAUGGAGCAAUGAUGAUAGGAAUGUUGAUAGGAUCCUUUAUUUGGGGUUAUGUGGCAGAUUCUAGAGGUCGAAGAUUUACUUUGAUAAUUUGUAUGCUAAUGGAUGGUCUCUUUAAUAUCUUGUCUAGCGUAUCGCAGAUGUAUUCAAUAUUUAUAUUCUGUAGACUUUUAAGUGGAUUUGGAAUAUCCGGUUCAACAACGCUCUUUUCGUACCUUGUAGAAUUUCUGAAUAUCAAAUACCGAGAAAAGUUUUUAUCUUGGAUGGAAAUGUUCUGGACGAGUGGCAUAAUAUUAGUCCCGUGUGUAGCAUGGUUGAUUAUACCACAGACAUUUAGAAUCGAAAACGAAUACAUUUUGUUUAAAUCAUGGAAUCUGUUUGUAAUCAUGUGUUCACUUCCGAGUAUAACUUUAGCAUUAUUAUUGAUGAAAAUGCCAGAAAGCCCAAAGUUUUUACUUUCUCAGGGUAAACACAAAGAAACAAUAAAUUGUUUAAAAUUUGUUCAUAGAUGGAAUAGUAACUCGGAUGAUAAAUUUCCUGUGACCUCAAUAAUAAUGCCGAGUUCUAAUGAUAAAUCAAAUAAUAGUUUCUUUGAUGGACUUUAUAAGAGCACUAUAGAUUUGUUUACAUCAAAAUUCAAAGUUAUAGCUAUAGUUACAUGCAUUAUACACUUUUGUGCUACAACCAGUUACUACAUGCUCAUACUAUGGUUCCCAGAAUUAAUGAAUAGAUUUCGUUGGUAUGAAACCUAUUCAAAUUUCCAAAAUAAAACAACUAUGUGUGAAAUUGUAUCCAUGUAUAAAGCUGAACCAGAAGUGAAUAAUUUAAAGUGUGACGAUCACAUUGACCAAUCCGUAUACAUGAACAUCAUGAUCAUUGGUAUUGCUUGCAUACCUACGAGCCUUGUUGUUCCACUAUUUAUCAAUAAACUUGGACUAAGAUUUUUUACAGUUGUAAGUUUCUUUGGAUCCAGUAUUUCUGCAGCAUGGUUGUAUUUUAUUACUUCUUCAAUGGAGAAUAUGGUGUUAUCUUCAAUAUUUGAAGCUUUUUCUAGUAUUGGUAUUAGCCUAACAUAUUGCAUUACUGUUGAGUUAUUUCCAACAGAAUACAGGGGCAUGGCUGCAUCUAUAGGAACUAUGUUUGGUAAAAUAGGUGCACUUUUGGGCAACAUUUUGAUUGGAAUUUUUAUUGAUGCACAUUGUAUAGUUCCAAUAUUUGUCUCAAGCUCCUUUUUGAUUAUUUCAGCUUUCUUAGUUAUUACAUUACCAAAAACUGGAAGAACCAACAUAAUAACUGAUGGAGUACUUUAGAAAUAAUAAUUGUAUCUUUAGGACUAAGGUAUAGAACUUAUUACUCAUGUAUCUAUAGUAAAUAGUUACAAAAAACAUGAUAACUGUAAUCAUCAAUAUUUAAUUUUAGAUCCUAAUUUCUAAGCAUAUCAAUCAUUUAGUUUAUUUUUAUACUUUUAAUUAUAAAAUCUGUCUCUAACAGAACUUUUUUUUUUUUUUAUUGAAUUUUAAAAUAAAAAUUGUAUAUAUUAUCUGUUAUUGGAGAAUAUUAUA